CCCACCAGUUCCUCCUUGCGGGGGCCGGAGUCACAAACAGCUGGCUCCGGCUCACUUCCUCCUCCCUGGGGAUCAGAGCUCUCGUCCUGCCCAGGACCCUCCCUGGCCAAUGACAGCCCACUGGCAGAGCUCAACCCAUUACUCAGAACCAGCCAGAGUGGUGUCUGCCCUAACCUAUGCCUUGGGUUUGGGGGCUGCAGAAUUCAGCGGAGGUGAAGAAGCCAGGUCUGUGUCUGGUCCCCAUCAGCCCCUUCUGAAGACCUCUCCGGGUGGCGUCAGUCUCCCCAUCACAGUGAAGCGCCCAGCUCAGGACUCGCCAGUCCUCCUUCCUGUCAGAAUGCCCCUUCUCAGGGUGGGCAUCUCCCUUCUUUUUCCUGAGGCAGGGCCUGGGUCCCCCCCACCCUGAAUCCCCUCAGAGGAGAGCUCCCCAGGGAUAGGGCCUUGUUUCAAAUAGCGUAUGCUACAGAAAGGGACAGACCUGAAUUUGACCUCACCCUCCCCUCUCGCCCAUUCUAUGACCCUGGACUCCCCAGCAUGUCUCCUGACACACAGUGGGAACCCAGUGACCAAUAGGUCAGUCACCACGCUUGCCAGAGCCCGAUUUCUUCGUCUGUGCAGUGGGUGAAUCCUCUCUUCCUGGCGGGGCACAUUUGAGGGAAAAAGGUUCUGAAACAGGGGCGUAGCUCAAUAGGGUGUGGGUUCUAGGAAAAGACCUUGGCCCCACUGUGGAGCCUGGAUUUGUUGGGGUUUGGCAGGGACCAUGGGAAACAGGGAGACCAGGGAGGAGGCCUCUGUAGCCAUCUGCUCAGAGCAGUGACAGGACAAGAGGGAAUGGAUGCAGAAUAUUUACAAAACAGAAGCAGAGGAGCUUUGAUUUCUUAACCGAUUACUUAUGGAGCAGUCUCUGCACCCAGCAUGGGGCUCAAACUCACAACCCCGAGAUCAAGAGUCACAGGCUCUUCCGACUGAACCAGCCCGGCUCCCCCAGAUCUCAGGCCAUUAACCUUCUGCACUGUCCCACAGGUCAGGUGACCAGGUGGGGAGAUGCACAGGCAGUGGGGCCUCUGAUGGGAGCACCUGGGGACCCCCAAGGACCAGGGGGUCUGCAGGUCCCAGAGCCAGGAGGAUUUGUCCAGGUUGGGGGCAUUAGUGAAAGCCCAGGGGCUCACCCGAGGGCUUCCACCCUCCCCCAGGGGCAAAGGCUGGCAGCAUGUGAAAGGUAUGGAGGGUGGCACUGAGCACAGAACAGCUCCAGCUCCCGGCAGCCGCCUCCUAAUGGGGCUUGUCAGCGUGGGUCUUGGACCACGAGGCAGCCCCCGUGGGAGAGCAGGGUGGUCCCCUUCCCAGCUAGAGACACUGAUGCUCGGAAAAGCCAGGCCCACCUGAGCACCCUUCCCUCCAACCUCCAACCCAAUGCCACCCAAACAGGGCAAGAGUCCCAGGGGCUCCGACUCUGCACCUGUCCCCGUCACUAGCCAGAGAACCUUCCUCCCACACCCGGUCGGAGCAAAGUCCCAGCAGGUUCAAGGUUGUUCAGACCAGAAGCGAUGCCAACUUGUGCCACCGCCGGGGUCACGGGCCGCAGGGGGCUGCGAUGGGACGGGAGCCAUGAAUGGUGCCGCCCCUGGCCCCGCCGCCGCCCCCGCCCCGGUCCCCGACUGGCGGCAGUUCUGCGAGCUGCACGCACAGGCGGCCGCCGUGGACUUCGCCCACAAGUUCUGCCGCUUCCUGCGGGACAACCCAGCCUACGACACGCCCGACGCCGGGGCCUCCUUCUCCCGCCACUUCGCCGCCAACUUCCUGGACGUCUUCGGGGAGGAGGUGCGCCGCGUGCUGGUGGCCGGGCCGGCGUCGCGGGGGGCGGCUGAGCCCCCGGACGCUAUGGAGCCCGAGCCGGCGGGGCCCGCGGCGCUCAAGGCAGCCGCCUAUGGCCACUCGCGGAGCUCAGAGGACGUGUCCACGCAGGCGGUGGCCAAGGCCCGCGUCCGCAAGGGCUUCUCGCUGCGCAACAUGAGCCUCUGCGUGGUGGACGGCGUGCGCGACAUGUGGCACCGGCGCGCCUCCCCCGAGCCCGACGCGGGCGCCACCCCACGGGCUGCCGAGCCCCCCGCCGAGCCGCGUGACAAGUGGACGAGGCGCCUGCGGCUGUCGCGGACGCUGGCGGCGAAGGUGGAGCUGGUGGACAUUCAGCGUGAGGGCGCGCUGCGCUUCAUGGUGGCCGACGACGCGGCCGCGGGCUCCGGCGGCACCGCCCAGUGGCAGAAGUGCCGCCUGCUCCUGCGCCGGGCAGUGGCCGGCGAGCGCUUCCGGCUGGAGUUCUUCGUGCCACCCAAGGCCUCCAGGCCCAAGGUCAGCAUCCCUCUCUCGGCCAUCAUUGAGGUCCGCACGACAAUGCCCCUGGAGAUGCCGGAGAAAGACAACACGUUUGUGCUCAAGGUCGAGAACGGAGCCGAGUACAUCCUGGAGACCAUUGACUCGCUGCAGAAGCACUCGUGGGUGGCUGACAUCCAGGGCUGCGUGGACCCCGGGGACAGCGAGGAAGACGCUGAGCUGUCCUGCGCCCGGGGAGGCUGCCUGGCCAGCCGAGUGGCCUCCUGCAGCUGUGAGCUGCUGACCGAAGCAGGCGACCUGCCCCGGCCCCCAGAGACAACGGCAGCCGUGGUGACAGCUCCACACAGCCGAGCUCGAGAUGGCGUUGGGGAGUCCCUGGCCCAUGUCCCGCUGGAGACCUUCCUGGAGACCUUGGAGUCCCCAGGCGGUGGGGGCAGGGACAGCAGUAAUACAGGGGAGGAGGGAGCGGAGCCGGAGCCCGAGGCUGAGCCCGAGCUGGAGCUCUCCGACUACCCCUGGUUCCACGGGACCUUGUCGCGGGUCAGGGCAGCUCAGCUGGUGCUAGCAGGGGGGCCCCGGAGCCACGGCCUCUUCGUGAUCCGCCAGAGUGAGACCCGGCCUGGGGAGUACGUGCUGACCUUCAACUUCCAGGGCAAAGCCAAGCACCUGCGCCUGUCCUUGAACAGCCACGGGCAGUGCCACGUGCAGCACCUGUGGUUCCAGUCCGUGCUCGACAUGCUGCGUCACUUCCACACCCACCCUAUCCCACUGGAGUCCGGGGGCUCUGCAGAUAUCACCCUACGCAGCUACGUGCGGGCCCAGGGCCCCCCACCCGCCCCGGGGCCGUCCGCCGGCGCCGCGCCCGCGCCCCCCGCCUGCUGGAGCGAGCCGGCCGGCCAGCACUACUUCUCCAGCCUGGCCGCCGCCGCCUGCCCGCCCGCCUCGCCCUCGGAGGCGGGCGGAGCCUCGUCCUCGUCCGCCUCGUCGUCCUCCGCCGCGUCCGCGCCGGCCGCCCCGCGCCCCGCCGAGGGCCCGCUGAGCGCGCGCAGCCGCAGCAACAGCGCCGAGCGCCUCCUGGAGGCGGCGGGCGGAGGCGCCGACGAGCCCCCGGAGGCCGCGGCGGGCGAAGGAGCGCGGGGCCGCACGCGCGCCGUCGAGAACCAGUAUUCCUUCUACUAGCCCGGCGCGGCGGCGCCAAGGCCCUGGGGCCACCCGGCCCCGCCGCCCGCCGUGCGGUCGCCCCCGUGCCCGUCCGCCCGUCUGUCCGGCGGACCCGGCCGGCCCCAGCCCGGCGCUGGGUGGGAAAAGCGAAGCUCUUCAGUGAAGACAUAAAUGUUAUUAAAGAGCCUGUUUUAGGGACUGCA